UAUUAGCCUGUUUACGAAGUGUGCAUAACGGUAAUUUGUGUCCUGAACAGCAGUGUAUAUGCUGUGAUUUGCGUUCGUUUCAGUAAUGCGACUGCGAGACAGAUGGCUCAGAAAAUCCCUGCAUUAGCAUUUUAAUCAUCCGGUGUUAUUGGCAGCGUCGCGUGAGUUACAUAAGACAAAUCCACUUCGAUAAAAGUAUUGUUGCAGCAUUCUGGACGUCAUACAGGGGUUAUCAGCAGAACCCUUUGGCCUAGCAGAUAGCUGUCAGGACUAUCAGCGUGUCGAAAACAUCCGCGGGGGGUGUAGUAGACGGCCGUAACUCUUGAUUGGGGAGACUAGUUAUUGCACGUAACGGGACGGCACAGGCGGAGCCACAUUCAGUUGCCCGAGAACUGGUAAGUCAGCAGUAGAGUGAAAGCCGCAGCAAACAUGAGUGGCGACGCGUCGUUCAUGAACCAGACCCUGGGGCAGGCAGACCCGGAGCUGUACGAGAUCAUUUGCAACGAGAAAGAUCGGCAGCGGGCCGGCUUGGAGAUGAUCGCCUCCGAGAACUUCACUUCGGUGCCCGUGCUGCAGUGCCUCAGCUCGUGCCUGCACAACAAGUACUCGGAGGGCCUGCCCGGGCAGAGAUACUAUGGUGGUAAUGAGUUCAUCGAUAAGGUAGAGUUGCUCUGCCAGAAGCGUUCACUGGAGGCAUAUCGCCUGGACCCGGAGAAGUGGGGCAUUAAUGUCCAGCCGUACUCGGGCUCUCCUGCCAACUUCGCAGUAUACACUGCAAUAGUUGAGCCACAUGGCAGAAUAAUGGGUUUGGAUUUACCUGAUGGUGGCCACCUCACACAUGGCUACAUGACAACUAACAAGAAGAUAUCCGGAACUUCGAUAUUUUUUGAAUCCAUGCCAUACAAAGUAGAUCCAGCAACAGGACUGAUUGAUUAUGAUAAGCUGGCAGAGACAGCAAGACUGUUCAAACCAAAACUGAUCAUUGCAGGUAUUAGUUGUUAUUCGCGCUGUCUGGAUUACAAGCGUUUCCGACAAAUUGCUGAUGAAAAUGGAGCAUACCUUAUGGCUGAUAUGGCUCAUGUGUCGGGGUUGGUUGCUGCUGGACUUAUACCGAGUCCAUUUGAGUUCAGUGAUAUUGUCACAACCACCACUCACAAGACACUGAGGGGUCCUAGAGCUGGCAUAAUCUUCUUCAGGAAAGGUAUUCGCAGUGUGGGCAAGAAUGGUGAAAACAUUAUGUACGACUUGGAAUCGAAAAUUAACCAGGCUGUGUUCCCCGGACUCCAAGGCGGGCCACAUAAUCAUGCUAUUGCAGGUAUUGCAACUGCAAUGAAGCAGGCUACCACACCAGAAUUCAAGAAGUAUCAAGAACAGGUUAUAAAAAAUGCAAGACGACUAAGUGAUCGCUUAAAGUCAGCUGGCUACAAGAUAACAACUGAUGGAACUGACGUUCACUUGGUCUUGGUAGAUCUUCGUUCAGCUGGGCUGACAGGAAGCAAGGCAGAACACAUUCUUGAGGAAAUAUCUAUUGCAUGCAAUAAAAAUACAGUUCCAGGUGACAAAAGUGCCUUCAACCCAAGUGGCAUUCGUCUUGGCACUCCUGCUCUUACCACCAGAGGCCUAGUGGAGAGUGAUAUUGACAAAGUGGUGGAGUUUAUAGACAGAGGACUGAAGCUUGCAAAAGACAUAACCACCAUAUCUGGACCAAAGAUGGUAGACUUCAAGCGAGUUUUGGCGACAGAUACCAACAUUGUGCCUAAGGUGAAGGCACUACGAGAAGAAGUGGAAACCUUCGCCAGAAAAUUUUCUCUGCCUGGUUACCCAGAUUAUUGAGCUAGUCUAAAACUUAUUCAUGUAAGAAUGAUGCCAUAAUGUAUUCUGAAAAAUGUGGAAUUUACUAAAAACAAAUUGCAUGUGCCAUUUAUUUGUAAUUAGUUAUCGACUGUCUGUUGCAGUUAAGAUAAAGUACGUUUAUUAAGUAUUUAUUACAAUUACUUCUUCAAAAUUUGUUAAAAUAGAAGCCAAUUUUUUUUUUAAAAAAAAGUAACAUUUAGUUAUGAGACUUGCAAACCUGGUCAGUUACUAUGCUCUCUAGCAUUCAGAAACAAAACACUAAAUUACUGGCAUAAUACGGAUUUUCUCUGAGAAAUUACAAUCAGUAGAAGUAUCUGCUCCCUCAUGCCUUGUUUGACAUAUAUGUUGUGUCUAUUUAUUAACCCGUGAUAUGCCAUGUCAGAGUCAAGAAUUCUAAAUUCAGUAAUUUCAACAUUCUUCAUCAAAUUUUAAAGCAUAGCAGCAGAUAUAAUAAAUGAUUUAGUGGUAAUUUUUACAGUUGCCAUUAAUCAUGUAAGCAUUGAACACAGUGAAUUUCCCACUUGCUUAUGGUACUGAUGCUACAGCGGUAUGAACCAACUGUAGCCAAAAACUGUUUCAGUUUAGACUAUGCAGAGAGGAUGUAACUAACAGGCUCUACAACAAAAUGCAAAGGCUUUAGUUUAUGCCAUCCAAAGCCUUGCCACCUUCAGAGAGCUCAAAGUAGAUUGCUCAGGAAUGACACAUAUGCAACCGAAAUGACUGAAUUGCUCAUUAAUUGAUAAAAUGUGGCCCUAAAGGAAGUCUCUUAUUAGUUAAAGGCUGGACAAAAAAAGUAAGAUCUUUUUCCACCUGUGUAACAGUUUUGGUAUGCUUUUAUGUUUGUGAUACUGACUCUAGAAAUGAUACUACUUAAUAAAUUGUAAUAGUGUUGUAAUAUUUUGUGAUUAUAAUUACACUUUUUAUUAAAGAUAACAUUUUUGCAUAGA